CCCGGCUCCGCUCGGCCCCAUUCCCCGUGGGCCACCCACCUGCGGUCCCCAAGUUCCCCGCGUCCCAGGCGAGCCGAGCCCAGCGCGGGCGCCCAUGGAACCGCGACGAUGUUCGCGCCCAGGCUGCUCGAUUUCCAAAAGACGAAGUACGCGAGGUUCAUGAACCACCGGGUCCCGCCCCACAAGCGGUACCAGCCCACGGAGUACGAGCACGCGGCCAACUGCGCCACCCACGCUCUCUGGAUCAUCCCCAGCAUCCUCGGCAGCUCCAACCUCUACUUCCUGUCCGACGGCGACUGGGAGGCCAUCUCCGCCUGGAUCUACGGCCUGGGGCUCUGCGGCCUCUUCGUGGUGUCCACCGUGUUCCACACCAUCUCCUGGAAGAAGAGCCACCUCAGGAUGGUGGAGCACUGCCUGCACAUGGUGGACCGCAUGGUCAUCUACUUCUUCAUCGCGGCCUCCUACGCGCCCUGGCUGAACCUUCGGGAGCUGGGCCCCUGGGCCUCCCACAUGCGCUGGCUGGUUUGGAUUAUGGCCUCUGUUGGCACCAUCUAUGUCUUCUUCUUCCAUGAACGGUACAAACUGGUGGAGCUCCUGUGCUACGUGGUGAUGGGCUUUUUCCCCGCCCUGGUCAUCCUCUCCAUGCCCAACACCGAAGGCAUCUGGGAGCUGAUGACCGGAGGGGUCUUCUAUUGCUUGGGCAUGGUGUUCUUCAAGAGCGACGGCAGAAUCCCUUUUGCCCAUGCCAUCUGGCAUCUCUUUGUGGCAUUUGGUGCUGGUACUCACUACUAUGCCAUCUGGAGCUGCCUCUCAGCACGGAAAAGGAGCGAGCAGCUGGCCUUUCUGACUGUGGGCUCAGCCAUCUCUUCUCAUCCUGGAAACUUCUGAGAAAUGAUGAGAGCCGUUCAGCCAUCAGUGGAGGAAGCAGAUCCUGGCAAAUCAUCCACUUGCUUCUCAUUUAGGCCUCGUGACACCAACACUUGGAUUCUCACUCGCUGCCAACAGCGACUCUCAGAGGCCACUCCGAAGGGCCCGGGGGACAAAGCGUCAAACUUGCCUGUAUGGAGGCCUUGGCAGAGUGACCUGGUCCUUCGAUCUCUGCAGGGCCUGGUCGUACAACAGCACACCCCCUGCUGGGCCGCCUGUCCGCACACUGCCGCCUGGACAGGAUCUGAACCGGUAUCUCGGAAUCUCUGGAGGAGGAAUCUGUCUCAAAUCUCAAGGUUCUUAUUCUAUGAAUCCCAAGUAGGCAGGGUGGAAGAGGACAGGCCAAGAUAGGGCGCCUUACUAUGCUUCACUUGUACAUUCCAGGGUAGCCCAGGACGCUAGCAUCUGGGACCCUGUGUGUCCAAGCCAGUAUUAAACCACCUUGUCACCUCCCUUGGUCAGACGGGCUGCUUUGGACUGGACUGGUCCACCUGCUCACACACGUGUAUAUGUAUACGUGUGCAUCUAUACAGGUGUGCCCAGCCCCUGGAAGCUGACUUGGGUCAGGUGGCCCCGUGGAGCUCACCAGGUGCUUCCCACUGGCUGGGGUCAAGGCUGGAAGGCUGAGAGAAGAGCAAGCUGUGGACAGGCUGGCUCCUGCCAGGGGCCGGGACACUGAGACGUGACCUCUGCCUGGGUGUAAGGACGGGAAGGGGUUUGUGGGGGUCCUGGGUUCUGUGUAGGAACCUCCUGAAGUGUGGCAUCAAGAUGCUGGUGGGGAGCAGGCUGGUUCCUGGGAAUAGAGCUGGGUGCCUGGGACACUGAUUGCUUUAAUGGCGCUGCAGCCUUCCCAAGGUCCUCGGUGUGAUGCCUGCAUCUCCUUGUGCCCCUUCUCCUGGGCACUUGCUGGCACAUUUCCUGGGGCUACCGACCCCUCCAUGCCCCACUUUGAGAUGCCAGUCUCUCUGCUGGGAACAUGUUCAUCUGUCAUCCACCUAACUCCUAUUCAUCCUUCAAAGCCCAGCUCAGACAUCAGCACGGAGGAACAUCUAGCCUUCUUCUAAUUUAAGCGCUCCUCGCUGCUUCAUGUCACUCCCUGUGCUCAUCUUCACCAUAGCUCAGGACCCUGUGUGUCACCCAGGUACCUGCAUGAGCUCCUAGAUGGAGGGACUGUGUCUUGCUAGACUUGGGAUCAGAUCUGGAAAGCCCCAUUUGUGAGAGUUUGGGUCAGUUCCCUAAAUUCUGUGAGCCUCAGUGUCCUCAGCUGUAAGAUGGGUAUAAUAAAGCAGUACCUUGCUGGGUCAAGGAGAGAUGUAGCAGGAUAAGAAUGCAUGAUGGCCAGCCUGGUCUCCUAAUUAGUUUUGAUAACUGUCCAGUCAGAAAAUAAGCCAAUACAGGGGUGUUUGCCAAAGGAAAGAAUCACUCAUGGCAAAAUUUCCAAUUGUGGACAGCCUGGUGUGGACACAAGCGGGCACUCUGAAGAGUCCUGGUCACAUUUCCUCCAUUAGCUCUAACUCCAGACAUGCUUGUCAUACACCUUUCUCUUCCUUAGCAUCAUCAGGAAGUGAGUUUCUGAGAAUCAGAUUUGACUGCAGCCCAGGCCCUGAUCUUUCCCAGUACAUCACAGACACUGCAAGAGGAACUUCCCCAAGGCCAGUCCCUUGGGAUAUGGGGGACUCUGUCCCAGGAGCAACCUAAAGGCAGAGAGCAUGCUCGGGGAAUUCAGCUGCACACUGGCUUUCUGUCUAUCCAGGGACCGUUGUGUCCAGGGUGAUCCAGGGGGGGCUAUUGUUGCACCCCAAGAAGCUGGGAAGGUCCCCAGCAGUGGCCUGGCCAGUUUGACUCUGGGGCCCGAGUUCAUGGGCAUUGCCAGGGCAGGUGGGGAGGGAGGGCAACGCAGGAGGAGGUGGGGAGUGGCCAGGACAUCCCCAUGGCUUCGGGGACCUGACCCACAGGAAGGACCCAAGGAAAGCGCUGGGUGGAGGGGAGGAGGGGGCCAGGCUGGGAAUCAAAGGCGUCUGGAUCUGAAGGUGCAAAGCCCCGGUGGUCACAGGAGGGCCUGCAGGCUCAUGGUGUCCACUCUGGUUUCAUCCUGCUGGUGCUAAGGGGGCAGCCAAAGCCCCCAGGGCUGGGAGGCAGGCACUUGCCCAUUGUAUAGCAGGAGGCGGAGAUGCAGGCUCUAGGAAUUGCACAUGGGGAUCCAGAAAGAGCCAGGAAGUCCCGAGGCCAUGCAGGGAAGAACAGGGAAGGUGGGGAGGCGGGAGCCCCACCUGCAUGGAGCUCCUGGUCUCUGUGGGGGAACAGUUUCCUACAAGCCCUUCCUGUGAGUGACACAGCUUCCCCGCUAGGGAGGCUCAUUAGCUGAUCUUACACGGAAGGACAUGAAAGCACAGGGUUGGUGACUUGCUCAAGGGCACCCAGCUUCUAGCCAGCGGAGCGAAGCUUUGUAGCUAGGAUUAUGUAACGCCCAAGUGUCCGCCUUUGCUGCUUCCACGGAAACUCAGUGUCCCUAAGUCUCUGCCAGGGUGGCAGGAGGGAGCUGAGCUUAAAAAUAUUAAACAAUAAUUAGAUGUAGCCGGGUGUGGUGGUGCACACCUAUAAUCCCAACACUUGGAAGGCA